GUUUUUCGCUCUGCGCGCACGCGAGUGAUCCUGCGUGGCCAUUGGCUGCCAUCAGUGAUGACGACGACGGUCGCGACCUCUCAUUGGCUCGCGGAGGGCGCGUGCACCUGCACAUGUGCUUCCGGCGGGCAGGAGGAGACAAGAAGACAGAGGAGGGAGGCAGCAGCUUAGUGGAGACGGCAACCCUCUCAUUAUUAUGGUCCUCGGACAGAGAGCUGGACUUAUGACCGGAGCGCCGUCACGCCGCGUGUAUUUGAAAUAAACACACGUGUGUCCGUUUACAUGCGGUUCGUCUAAAUCGGAUACGGACCAGGAGGGAGCAACAAGUGGACCCCGGCGUGGAGGCGCUUCUCUCGGGCGAUGGAAGAGCAGAAGGAGCCGAGCAGUGGCCGGGACUCGACCGAGGAGGAAAGCAUGUCCCUGUCUCCCAACUUGCCCUCUCCGCCCGUCAUCCUAGCGCACCAGGCGGCGCAGCAGGCACACCGAACCACCAACUUUUUCAUCGACAACAUCCUGCGGCCGGACUUCGGCUGCCGCCGGGAGGCUCCGCUGGCGCGGCCGCACGCCGGCAGCCUGUGUCUGGACUCGAACUGCAGCAGUGACAGCACCUCGUCCUCACCCUCCUCCUCGUCGUCGUCAUCGUCGUCGCCGUCUAACAAACAGUCCAAGCAGGGCGAGGCGGCGGGGAACGGGACUAGCCGGUACCCGGACAGCCCCUCGUCCAUCAUGGUGAUGAGCGGCGGCACUGCCGCGUCUCCGGCCGCGGCGAAAGAGAGCCAGCCGCUGCUCUGGCCCGCCUGGGUCUACUGCACCCGCUACUCGGACCGGCCCUCAUCUGGCCCGAGGACACGCAAACUGAAGAAGAAGAAGAGCAGCAAGGAGGACAAGCGGCCGCGGACCGCCUUCACAGCCGAGCAGCUUCAGAGACUCAAAACUGAGUUCCAGGCCAACCGCUACAUCACAGAGCAGCGGAGACAGUCUCUGGCCCAGGAACUCAACCUGAACGAGUCCCAGAUCAAAAUCUGGUUCCAGAACAAGCGGGCCAAGAUUAAAAAGGCCACAGGCUACAAGAACGGGCUGGCGCUGCAGCUGAUGGCCCAAGGACUGUACAACCACUCCACCACCACCGUGCAGGAGGACAAGGAGGACAGCGAGUGACCGGGGACAAGCGGGGUAUUUAAAAAAAAAAAAAACAACAAAAAAACACACAGAUUUCUGUUUACGAACUCUAUGGACUGGAUUCUAUAAAUAAAACAGUCAUUAUUAAAAUUUAUAUAACCACUGCAGUUAUCAUGUUGUAUACAGAUAUUUAAUUUCUCAUCGUCUCAUGUGCUAUUUUCCCAUUUUCCUCCAAGCCAAAGAUUUUAAUAUGUUCACAUGUAGUUGGAGAAAAAUAAACAAAGCAACAUUAGAUCCCUGGAAUUCUUUUUUUUUUUUUUUU